CGUCCCAGCGAGGCCCAGGCAGCCCCUCGCCAAGGCCCUGCCGCCCAGAGGAAGCCACCGAGGCCACUCCAACCAGGCCACGGCUGCUGAAGCCAAGGCCCCGAUGCCUGCAUGAAGCCCCCGAGGAUGCCUUGGCAAGGUCGAGGCCAAGACCCACGUCCCUGCCCAAAGCUGCCUCACCUAGGCUGCCCGCACGGGAGGUGGGAUGAGCAAGUGGGAGGAUAUUGGGUGUCAGGACCUGCAAAGGCUUCGUCAAUAGGGGAAGAGAAAGUCCAGCCAGAAGCAAGGUUGAACCGGCUUUCACCUCUUCAUCACAGGAUUUCAUUCUGCUACAGCUGGUGGCUGUGCAUUUCUGCCUGGGAUGGCGGAGGAUCAGGAGCUGACUCAGCCACACAAAGCUCAACUCGAGCCCUCCCUUCAGCAGCGCACCAGCAACACAUACCGCAGUGCAGAGCACUCUCAGGCCUUGCUCAGUGGCUUGGUAUCUCUCCGAGACAGCAACAUCCUCUUCGAUGUAGUUCUGGUAGUGGAAGAGAAACCUAUUGAGGCUCAUCGCAUACUCCUAGCUGCGUCCUGUGACUAUUUCAGAGGAAUGUUUGCAGGAGGACUGAGAGAGAUGGAACAAGAAGAAGUUCAUAUUCAUGGCAUCUCCUACAAUGCAAUGUGUAAAAUCUUGAACUUCAUUUACACUUCUGAGCUGGAACUCAGUGUGAACAGUGUACAGGAAACCUUAGCUGCAGCCUGUCAGCUUCAGAUUCCAGAAGUCAUUAAGUUCUGUUGUGAUUUUCUCAUGUCCUGGGUAGAUGAAGAGAACAUCCUCGACGUAUACAGACUAGCUGACCAUUAUGACUUGAGGCAUUUGAGUGAUCAGCUGGACUCCUACAUUUUGAAGAACUUUGCAGCUUUCUCAAGGACACAAGUGUAUCGACAGCUACCCUUGCAGAAGGUCUACUCCCUUCUCAGCAGCAACCGUUUGGAGGUUAACUAUGAGUUUGAAGUUUAUGAUGGAGCACUUUUUUAUCAUUAUUCUCCAGAGCAACUGGAGACAGAUCAGGUCUCUCUGAUGGAGCCCCUUAAGUUACUUGAGACAGUUCGUUUUCCUCUGAUGGAACCCCAGAUCCUGCAAAGGCUUCAUGACAAAUUAAGUCCAUGUCCUUUAAAAGAUACUGUUGCAGACGCAUUAAUGUACCACAAGAAUGAAUGUCUUCAGCCAAUGCUUCAGAGCUCCCAAACACAGCUGAGAUCAGAGUUCCAGUGUGUAGUGGGAUUUGGAGGGAUGCAUUCUACUCCCUCCAUUGUUCUCAGUGAUCAAGCCAAGUAUCUGAACCCCUUGUUGGGAGAAUGGAGGCACUUUACAGCUGCACUAGCCCCCAGAAUGUCCAACCAAGGGAUUGCUGUUCUCAAUAAUUUUGUAUAUUUAAUUGGCGGAGACAACAAUGUAAGUGGUUUUCGAGCAGAGUCAAGGUGUUGGAGGUAUGACCCACGACACAACAAAUGGUUCCAGAUCCAGUCCCUACAGCAAGAGCACGCUGACCUCAGUGUUUGUGUUGUGGACAACUACAUAUAUGCUGUCGCAGGCCGAGAUUACCAUGAAGACCUGAGGGAAGUGGAGAGGUAUGACCCUAAAAGCAACACUUGGGAAUAUGUGACACCUCUGAAGAAGGAGGUAUAUGCACAUGCCGGAGCAGCACUGGAUGGAAAGAUGUAUAUUACUUGUGGGAGGAGAGGAGAAGACUAUUUGAAGGAGCUACAGUGUUAUGACCCAAAGACUGACCGCUGGGACGUUUUAGCAGAUGGCCCAGUGAGACGUGCUUGGCAUGGGAUGGCUGCUCUGCUAGGAAAGCUCUAUGUAAUUGGAGGAAGUAACAAUGAUUCUGGCUACAGAAGGGAUGUUCACCAGGUUGUCUGCUAUAGGCCAAGCACUAAUCAGUGGACAAAUGUAUGUCCGCUUCCUGCAGGACAUGGAGAGCCAGGCAUUGCGGUCUUAGACAACAGGAUCUAUGUCCUGGGAGGCAGAUCCCACAACAGAGGAAUCCGCAUGGACUAUGUCCACAUUUACGAUGCAGAGAGAGACUGUUGGGAGGAAGGACCCCAGCUGGAGGAUGAUAUUUCUGGGAUGGCUGCCUGUGUCCUCACUUUGCCAAGGGCUAUUUUAAUGGAAACAGAGAAAUGGUUCUCAGAAUGGCAUGCAGACCGUGUGAAGUAUCACCUUGACUUUCCCUCAGAAGUUAUGAGCGUAUCAGACUGGGAGGAAUUUGACAAUUCAAGUGAAGAUUAGAAAACUUUAAUAUUUAUUUUUUGCCAGUGGAUGAGGAAAUUAAGGCUUGGAGGAAAUACUUAGAGAUUUUGUAUGUCUUUCUUAUAUACAUAAAUAAGUAUUUAAAGGUUUGAAAAAUAAGUGUUCUGCACAAAAUGCCAUUCACGGUCAAUAUCUGCCCAUCUGCACGUGUUCUGCACAAAAUGCCACUUGCAGUGAGUAUCUGCCCGCCUGCCAGAAAGCAGCAUUUUUAAAGUAACCACAGAACUGCCAUUUUCUCCCAGUUGAAGUAUAGAGGUUCUUUUCCUUUGAAGGAGACUUUUCUCAACCUUGAGCAUGGACAGAAAAAAAAGGCACAGAAGGCUCAGCUUGACUAGCUUCUUUCCUUCCAGCUUUUAGCUUGAAAUAGCUUUUUGAGAUUUUUUUUUUUUCCUUUUUGUAAUAAAACUUCCUAGCCAGCUUAACACAGGAAGGUAACACCUAGUGUCUCCCUCCUGAGCCAGGUGUCAGACAGCUUGAUUGGUUUUUCAGCAAGAUGGAACAUACAGAAACAGGAACAGUAGCAAGAAAGUCUGAACCUUCAUCUCAUCUGGGCAUGCAGCCAUCUUUGUAACUGGGUUAGAGUCUGUGAACUGACACCCACUCCUGAACUUCUAUACCGCAAGUUCUGUCAACGCAGUGGAAAGAUGAUUUCUAGAAAAAACUCUCUGUACAGAGUAUGGCAAUCUCAUCUCUCAACUGUCAGACACAUUUGUUCACAAGCAUAAAUUAAUAAAUCCUUGUCAGAACUUUUUUUCUUUUUAACUACUGUCUCAGUUUUAUUAACCGUGACGUGGAGCCUGAAAGUUAGUGAGCUUAAUUAGAUCCUAUAGUACUACAUUAGUAUCAGUGAAGUUACACCAGCUUGGGAGUGGGCAACUUUUUCCAUUCUUUUGUUAUAUGCCUUAGAAGAGGAUAAAGAGACCAGAGAUUAGUUUGCCACAGCAUAAGAAAAAAAGUAAUAAGGAGAUAACUAGAGGUAUUGAAGAUUACACUGGUCCAAGACCCUGCAGUAGCUGAACUAAUGCCAGGAGCAUAAUACAGUAUUACUACAGCUCAGAAAGAUAAGACAUAGUAAUCCUUCCUUCAUGAGGCCUUAAAAUAAUUGGCUUCUGUCUACUAUCUUGCUUAAUGUUAGUUUAGAAGCUGAUUUAAAGUCUGAACCAGUGUGAUACCUGAAUAGUAUGGGAUUCUUCCUCUUGGAGGGGUGAGAAGUAAUCAGUGCCACCAGCAGAUCAUGGCAAACUACCAAAAGCUUUUAAAUCUUGUAGCAAUAAUGGGGUUGCAGGAGAAUGGCAAAACCAAAGUGACAACCAGAAUGAUAAGGGUACUAGUCAAGUAUCAUCACAUCAUGACAAAUACAGCACAUUGACGUGAUACUUUAGAGAAAUAGAAGUAGUUCCUGUAUAUUACCAUUACUUAGGGGUAUUUUAUUUAUGGAAGCAAAGAUGAUUUCAAAAUGGACCUAGAUGACUCUACAUUAGUAGACUGGGCUUCUGGAAAAGAUUCAAGAGUAUUUGCACAAUUCUACUAUAAGCUCAACAGCUUUUUCUAG